AAUUAAUUAAUAAUUAAGUAAAAUAAAUAAUCAAAAUAAUCAGCAAAUAAUCAACUCUAAAAGAAAGAAAGCAAGACAGGCAAUUAAAAAAGGAAGAAGAAAAUCUAGUUUUAAAUGAAUAAUAUGAAAAAGUAAUAUGGCUAGCCUAUGAAUGUGUCACAGUCAUAAGGAAAUGUGAUGCAGUCACAGAACCUUUAGCAACAACAAUUGGCGUAGCAAUAAUAAGCAUAGCAACAAUAAUAGUUACAGUAGCAGCAAUAAGAAUAGCUCUAGUAUUCAGGAUCUCCCAAUAUUACUCUUGAUAAAAUCAUUGGUAAUGGAACUUUUGGUGUAGUCUACUUGGCUAAAAUGAAUGAUACCUAGGAGCAAGUUGCAAUUAAAAAAGUCUUUUAGGAUAAGAGAUAUAAAAACAGAGAAUUCGAAAUUAUAAAAUCCCUCAAUCAUUAGAAUCUCAUCAAGUUAAAAUAGGCUUAUUACACUACUCAAAACAACAAUCCUGAUGAAGUAUACUUGAAUAUAGUUAUGGAAUACGUACCUGAGACACUUUCCAAAGUCAUCAGAACUUAUAGAAAGAGCAAAUAGCCAUUCCCUCCACUCUUGCUCAAGGUCUUUUCUUAUCAAAUGUUUAGAGCUCUAGCUUACUUGAAAGGUAUCGGUAUUUGUCAUAGAGACAUUAAGCCCCAAAAUAUAUUAUGCGAUCAGAAAACAAUGCAGCUCAAAAUUUGCGAUUUUGGUUCUGCCAAAAAGCUCAUUAAAGGUGAACCAAAUGUCUCAUAUAUUUGCUCGAGAUAUUACAGAGCUCCUGAACUUAUAUUUGGUGCUGAAUAAUAUACGACCGCUAUUGAUACUUGGUCAAUAGGUACCGUCAUUGCUGAAAUGAUUUUAGGUGAACCUCUUUUCCCAGGUGAAAACGCUGUUGAGUAACUAGUAGAAAUUAUUAAGAUAUUAGGUACUCCAACAAAAGAAUAGGUCUAAAAAAUGAAUCCUUAGCAUAAUCAAUUUAACUUCCCAUCAAUAAAACCAACUUCUUGGACUAAAAUAUUCGCAAAAUAAAAACCAGAUCCUAUGCUUAUCGAUUUAAUUAGUAGAUUACUCGUAUUUGUCCCCACUGAUAGACCUACACCCUUAGAAACACUAUUGCACCCUUAUUUCAAUGAAUUAAGAAGUGAAAAAUUCUAUGAAUAAUAUACUAAAUAAAUAGACUUAUUUAAUUUCUCUCCAGAGGAGUUGAAAUCAUAGCCAUAGCUAGCAUCUUAAUUAAUACCAUAAUGGUACACUAGUAGAAGAGAAAAGGAAUCAAAAUUGAUUAAUAACUCUAAAUAAGCUGAAUAGUAGUAAUCUUAAUUAGUUAAUUAAUUGACAAAUGAAUUUAAUUAGAAAAUGGAUAUUUCUAAUUCAUAAAAAAAUAUUAAUGGAAACUUUGGAGGAAGCAUGAUGAGCAGCAGCUAGAGCAACCCCAAUAUGGGCAAUUAUUAAAAAAAUUAUCAAUAUCAUUGA